GCAAGGUUGAUAUAAGGGUUCGGUGGCCCUGUCGUUCGUUUGUUUGUCGAUUCUUGUGCUACUGUCUGCUUUGCAUAGCGACGACUUUUCUUUUCUUUGUUGAUACCCAUAUAAACUCGCAUAUCGACGCUCUUUAUUCGAUUCCUCUCUGGCUCAAAUCUCAUCUCACCACCACCCAGACUCCCUCAAAAUGAGCUCCGUCUGCACCUCCGUGACGCCCCUCUGCCCGGUCUCCGCCACAACCUACGGCUACUACCCAAACCUCGGCGGCAACAUCUUCUUCACCGUGAUAUUCGCCCUCUGCGGUCUCGCCCAAGUCUACUUCUCGCUCCGCUUCCGCUCCUGGACCUUCGCCAUAGCCCUCAUCAUCGGCACAUUCCUCGAAAUGGCGGGCUACAUCGGCCGGAUCCUCAUGAACUCGAACCCGUGGGACUCGGGGGCGUUCAAACUCCAAAUCGUCGCGCUGGUCCUCGCCCCCAGCUUCAUCGCCGCGGGGAUCUAUCUCACACUGAAACAUAUCAUCCUCACCCUGGGGCCCGAGUACUCGCGUCUCAAGCCGCGGCUGUUCACGUGGAUCUUCAUCGGGUGUGAUGUCGGAUCGCUGUUUUUGCAGGCUGCCGGGGGUGGCGUCGCGGCGAGCGCGGAGGAUGAUAUUGAUAUGACGACGACGGGGAAUAAUAUCAUCAUUGCGGGCAUUGUGUUCCAGGUGGUCACGAUGGCGGUGUGUGGGGUUUUGGCGGUGGACUUUUUUAGGAGGUUCUUUCGCAGGGGGGGAGGUGGUGGGGAGGGGGUUACUUCGAAGAGGUUGAAGAUCGUGGUGAUUGCGGAGAUUGUGGCGUAUGUGACGGUGUUGAUUCGAUGCAUUUAUCGAAUCCCCGAGAUGGCUGGCGGCUGGGGCAACGAGCUGAUGCGCAACGAGGACGAGUUCCUCGUUCUGGAUGGAAUGAUGAUCGCUAUAGCCUGCAUCACAUUUACGGCCUUCCACCCGGGUCUAUACCUACCCUCGUUGCGGAAGGCUUCGAAGAAGACAUAAUUAUACCUGCUACAGUGCACAAAUAAUAGAAUAUAAACUUGAUUGAGAGUGGAUAGACAUGGCAAACAUGAG